AUGGCGUACGUCUACCCAUUGCCAGCUAGUCUGAGGAGGCCUCUAGUGAGGCUAGUGUUUCAGUUCAUGUGGGGUGGCAGACUCGAGCGUGUCGCGAGGGUUCGCAUGCUCUGUCCCAUCGGGGAGGGAGGUAGGGGGGUACCACAUUUCCCCCUCAAGCUGGACUCGAUUUUUGUUUUCUUUUUUGUUGACAGAGCUGGCUCAUCCGGUGAUACACCUGUCUGGUUACUUCCUGCGGGUGUUCUUCUCUUACCAGGCGAGAAGCGUAAUGGUGUGGUCUAACACGGGUCCUCGCGCGGAACAGCUGCCGUGGCACUUUGGCUAUGCGGCCAAGUGGCUGCGUGCGCACCCCGAGGUUGAAGUUGCCAGAGUAGGUUUAGAUCACAGGCACCUGUACGAGGAGGUGAGACAGGGAGGGUGUCCAGGGCCCGUAGUGGGUAUCCCGGAUGGGGUCUGGGAAGGAGUGCAGGUGCGUGGUCUGGACAACGGGCUCAAGGACCUGAAUUGGUUGAGCCUCCAUAAGUGCUUGCCCGUGCGUUCCAAGACCAACUUGUGGCGGGGAGGAGACAUUGCGCCAUGUUUUUCGGGGCUGUGCUUUCGCCAGGGUGGUAUGGGCUAG